CUUAUUCCCGGCCGCGCGCCGGGAGCGCUCAGUCUGUUGAGGAAGCUGCGCGCAGCACGCGGGUGCUCGGCCUGACCCAGGUGCAGCGGCUCGAACGCACGGACAGAGUCACACCAGCCGCGAGCUGCGCGCGGGUUGCCAGGCCGGGCUUGCACCCCCAUUCCCCAGAAGCGGACAGCAGACGGUACCCCCGCGAAUCUCCUGCACCCCGGCCGCCUGGCUCCCCCGCCAGCCCCUUGGCCGCCGCCUUCAAAGUGAUCGCUGCUUCGCCUUAUCCACUCGGUCCGGGACCAUGAAGCUGCUGCCGUCGGCGGUGCUGAAGCUCUUUCUGGCUGCAGUGCUGUCCUCGCUGGUGACUGGUGACAGCUUGGAACGGCUUCGGAGGGGGUUGGCAGCUGCAACCAGCAACCCAGACCCUCCCACUGGAGCUACGGAUCAGCUGCUGUCUACAGGAGGUGCCCGAGGCCGGGAAGUACUGGACUUGGAAAACACAGAUCUGUACAGAGCUGCGUUCUCCUCCCAGCCACAAGCUCUGGCCACACCAAGCAAGGAGGAGCGUGGGAAGAAAAAGAAGAAAGGCAAGGGGUUAGGAAAGAAGAGAGACCCGUGUCUGAAGAAAUACAAAGACUUCUGCAUCCAUGGGGAAUGCAAGUACCUGAAGGAGCUCCGAGCGCCCUCCUGCAUCUGCCACCCAGGUUACCAUGGAGAGAGGUGCCACGGGUUGAGCCUCCCGGUGGAAAAUCGCCUGUACACCUAUGACCAUACAACCAUCCUGGCCGUGGUGGCCGUGGUGCUCUCAUCUGUGUGUCUGCUUGUCAUCGUGGGGCUACUCAUGUUUAGGUACCAUAGGAGAGGAGGUUACGACGUGGAAAAUGAGGAGAAGGUGAAGUUGGGCAUGACGAAUUCCCACUAAGAGAAAACUGUGUUCAAGCCCUCGCUCGCCAACCAGCACAACACAGGGAAGUGCUGAAGAGUUACUGAGAACAGUUCAUUACCCCAGGUGCCUCAAUAGAGAUCAUUUCUGAAGAGGUAACAUAACACCUGAACUGAGACAACUGGGGAUGAGG